AUUCAUUUCCUUGUUUUCGAAGGUAAUGCUCGGGGAAUGAGGAGUGAUGUUAUUUUUCUGUGGAUAGGAUGAAGCUGUACGCGUGGGGGGCGAACUCCCAUGGCCAGCUGGGACUAGGUCUCUGCAAUGACGAGUGUCGAGUACCAACGGAAGUUAAAGUGCUUCCUCCUGAAAUACAAGAGAAUUUAACUUCCGUGCGUGCAAUCGUUGGUGGCGGAGGUCACACUCUUCUCUUAACUCACGAUGGCGUCCUUUAUUCUGCGGGAUGGAACAGUAAAGGUCAACUUGGAUAUGUCACUAAUAAAUUAGAACAGAAGGAGUUCCGCUGCGUUGAGAAACUGAAAGACAUGAGAGUUACUCGCAUCGCUUGCGGAUGGGAUCAUUCCAUUGCAGUUACCGGUGCCGGAAAGCUUUUUAGUUGGGGAUCGAAUUCUUUCCAUCAACUUGGCAUUCCUAAAACCAGAGUGCCGUCGCACACUGUGGAGCCUUCAGAAGUUGAGCUUGCUUGUGUGGUUGUCUCAGUGUCUGCCGGUCUACGGCAUAGCGCAAUUGUGGAUGAUACCGGGAAAGUUUAUGUAUGGGGUUCUGGGCGACAAGGGCAGCUUGGUUUGACAAGUGAUGGAGAACCUCUGGCAGAAAUAGAAAAACCCUGUAUCAUUCCGUGCAAAGAAGAGGCUGUGAAAGUUUGUUGUGGACAAUACCACACCGUAGUGCAAUGCAGGAAUGGCCAAGUGUUCGUUUUUGGCCAGAACAAGAAAGGACAGCUGUCCUUGCCUUUACAUUGCACUCAAGUGAACAGUCCGUGUCCUGUGAGUGAAACCUCAUGGCUGGGUAAAGGGAAGUUGAUGGAGAUAUUCGUGGGAUGGACGCACUGUGUUGCUCACACGGAAUCAGGUCAUUUAUUUACGUGGGGCCGCGGGGAUUACGGGCAGCUUGGAAGAGGAAUUAACUCGGAAUGUGAUCCCAAACCGGUUCAAGUGAAGUUGCCUGGUUUGGCUGUGGCAGUUGCAGUUGGAGCCGAGCACUGUGUUUCGCUUUUGGACACGGGAGCAGUUGCAGUCUGGGGCUGGAACGAGCAUGGGACUUGCGGCUUGCGGGAAUCCUCGAACAUCUUAUCUCCCACCAUUAUUCCACAAUCUCUGAAAGAAGCAGCUGUUUCAAUUGGUUGCGGAUCGGGCACCACUUUCAUGCUGGUAAACGAAACCCUGCCACGUCCAAAAGAACGCUCUCUCCUCUCGAAAGUUGCCAAUGUUCUCGGAGGGGUCGGGAUGGGUGUUUCGGGACUGACUGUUGACAGUAAAUACUCAUCAGUGCCUGGCAGCACAGAAGCAGCACAACCAGCUUGGGACCAUGGUGAUGGUCUUGUUCCCGAGUCUGACGGGGAUAUGUUGUUGCAGCGCCAGAGUGGGCGCAAAAAAGGAGCCAAGAUAUUCAGUAGCAAGGAUGGUAUGCCGAAAGUAUAA